CCCCAAUCGGUUUAACUGAGAAAAGAAACAGAGGAAGGCAAGAUCAGCAGCAACCAUGAAACAGGGUCUGCUUUAAAAAGAAGCAACAUUCAGCUUGAAGAAGCUGAUUAUCUCGCUAUGACAAGCAGGCGCGUUAAAAUAAAACAAUAAUGCAGUACAAAUACAAGAGACACUGGUGAAUUAAAUAUUCCUGAAAGGGUUGUGUUAGGUAUAUGAACUAGAAGUGGUUCUCACGUCUUGAUCAAAGCCAGGAUCAGCCGCAAGAUGUCUGUGGAAGGGCAUGGGUACCCCGAGUCGAAAGUGGUGUCGGAAGCCGGACCGGAGUGGUUGAGGACGGAGAUGGAGAGGCUGUCCAGGGAGCUGAGUGAGACGACCCAUGAGAAGAUGCAGGCUGCGGAGUACGGGCUGGCGGUGCUGGAGGAGAAGCAGCAGCUGAAGCAGCAGUACGAUGAGCUGGAGGCGGAGUACGAGACUGCCCGCCGGGAGCUGGAUCAACUCAGAGAGGCCUUCGGACAAGCGUAUUCCAACCACAAGAAGGUAGCUGCGGAUGGAGAGAGCCGGGAGGAGUCCCUGAUCCAGGAGUCCGCGUCCAAGGAAGCCUACUAUGAGCAGAAGGUCCUGGAGCUGCAGACAGAACUCAAACAGAUGCGCAAUAUCCUCGCCAACGCAGAGUCUGAGAACGAUCGGCUCGCCUCCGUAGCACAGGAGAUCAGGGAGAACAACCAGGCUGUGGAACUGCAGCGGAACCGCCUACGCGAUGACAUCAAGGAGUACAAGUUCCGGGAGGCUCGCUUGCUGCAGGACUACACAGAGCUGGAGGAGGAGAACAUCUCCCUGCAGAAACAAGUGUCCGUCCUUAAGCAGAGCCAGGUUGAAUUCGAAGGCCUGAAACAUGAAAUACGACGACUUGAGGAGGAGACAGAGUUCCUCAAUAGCCAGCUGGAGGACGCUAUCCGACUGAAGGAGAUCGCGGAGCGACAGCUGGGAGAGGCCCUGGAAACCAUUAAGACGGAACGGGAGCAGAAGAACAACCUGCGCAAGGAGCUCUCGCACUACAUGAACAUCAGCGACUCCCUGUACAACAGCCCGCUCAGCAUCUCACUGGACGGGCUGAAGUUCAGCGACGAUGCCCUGGAGCCCAACAACGACGAGGUGCUCAAUGGCUACGAGCACAACUCCUUCAGCAAGAUGAACGGAGGCAGCGAGAACAACAAGGUGUCCACGCCCAAGAACGACCUGUACCAACCGGCCCCCAGCCUCGUCAACGACCUCCUGAGCGAGCUCAACAUCUCAGAGAUCCAGAAACUCAAACAGCAGCUCAUGCAGGUGGAAAGGGAGAAGGUGAACCUGCUGGCCACCCUUCAAGAUUCCCAGAAGCAGCUGGAGCAUGCACGGGGAGCGUUGUCGGAACAGCAAGAGAAAGUGAGCAGGCUCACGGAGAACCUCAUCGCCAUGAAGAAGCUGCAGGCCAGCAAGGAGCGGCAGUCAGCCUUGGACAACGAGAAGGAGCGUGACAGCCACGAGGACGGAGACUACUAUGAGGUGGACAUCAACGGACCCGAGAUCCUGGAGUGCAAGUACAAGGUGGCUGUGGCCGAGAUCGGGGACCUCAAAGAGGAGCUGAAGACCUUGAAGGCCAAGUAUGAGAACUGCGAGUCCAAGUAUGAGGAGGAAAAGAGUCGUCUGGAGACUGAGGUCCAGGCCUUGACGGAGAAGUUCACCUCCUUGGAGAAGACUAACCGGACCGACCGAGACCAGGUGGUACGGUUAGAGAAGGAGCUCAAGAAGGUGAGCGACGUGGCCGGGGAGUCCCAGGGUAGUCUGAGCGUGGCCCAGGAUGAGCUGGUGACAUUCAGCGAAGAGCUGGCCAACCUCUACAACCACGUCUGCAUGUGCAACAAUGAGACUCCCAACAGGGUGAUGCUGGAUUACUACAAGGAAGGCAAGGGUGGGCGUACCAGCCCAGAGGGCAGGGGCCGGAGAUCGCCCAUUUUGCUCACAAAAGGCCUUUUCGAAAAUGGGGACAGCCUCCCAUCUCCUGUCUCCUCCCUGCCCUCCCCAGUGUCAGACCAUCGUAAGGAGCCCAUGAACAUCUACAACCUGGUUGCCAUCAUCAGGGACCAGAUUAAACACCUCCAGACAGCCGUGGACAGAACCACAGAGCUCUCUCGGCAGAGAGUGGCCUCCCACGAACUGGGGCCAGUGGUGGACAAAGACAAAGAAGCAUUCAUGGGGGAGAUUCUCAAACUGAAGUCUCUCCUGAGCACCAAGAGAGAGCAAAUAGCGACUCUGAGAACUGUGCUCAAAGCCAACAAACAGACCGCAGAGGUGGCGCUGGCUAACCUGAAGAGUAAAUAUGAGAACGAGAAGGCCAUGGUGACCGAGACCAUGAUGAAGCUGCGCAAUGAGCUGAAGGCACUCAAAGAAGACGCUGCCACUUUCUCUUCUCUCAGAGCCAUGUUCGCUACUCGGUGUGAUGAGUACGUGGUCCAGCUGGAUGAGAUGCAGAGGCAGCUGGCCGCCGCGGAGGAUGAGAAGAAGACCCUGAACUCGCUGCUCCGCAUGGCCAUCCAGCAGAAACUGGCCCUGACCCAGCGGCUGGAGGACCUCGAGUUUGACCACGAGCAGACCCGGCGGGGGGGGCGCAGCAAAACCUCGGCCAGGAGCAAGACUGCCUCGGCCAACUCCCAUGUAAGUCAUGGGCGCUCCUGCGCGGGCCGGCCAGAGGGCUCGGUGCUCACUAACCCAGUCUUCUGCAGUGAGAAGUAUAAAAUCUACUGCGAUUAGGGAGGAGACGGUCCCUCGAAGCUUGUGCGAGGAACUGUACAGCCGUGACGUGCAUCCGUCCCAAGUAGAUAUAAAGCCCCACAUGCUUAGCAUUGCAAUGACUUGUGUUGGUUUGCUGUUGAAAUCGUUGGAUUCCAGUGAUGUUAACUCUUGCUAGUUCAUUAUGUAUGGGAAUGCUGAUAGGCAGGUAAUGUGUAAGGCAUGAAAAUAGCUUUUCCAGGUAAAUUUCUUUUGCAUUGGGUUUGCUAUUGAAUCGUUCAUAGUAAUGUUUGUGAGAGUAGCGGCUUUAAUCUAAGUGUGACCUUGGAUAUCUAAUAGUGUGGGGCUACAACUUUGGUGUCUGGGUGUUAGUACAAUGUUUACUGAUAUGUCCCUUCAUCCUUUUAGCUUGCUACUAACACUGCUGGCCAUAGUCUGAACUGCGCAAACGUGAGCUCUCCUCCCGGGCUGUAACAAAGCUUAAAGGUGUUAAGCAAAGUGGAACCAUGUCAGCAGUUCCAUUGGCUUGCUAGACAUUCAAGCUGAACUGUAUUCUUUCUUAACCCAAAAUGUGUCAGAUUCCAUUGUCUCCUUCAUACAAGCAGCAUUAUGCCAUCUGGUACAAGUCAUAUUAUCAGGCAUGCAGAACGAUGAAAGUCAACUAAAUCAAUGAUGCUCCCAAAGCAUUCUAGGGUUUUUAUGAUGAUUUUCUAGCCUGGGUACAUUAAUCUACAUUUAAAAGACAUAAAACUAACUCAUGCAAAGAAUUCAGCCUUCUAGGGAGAUCAUAGCCUCUGAUUUGUAUAGGCUGUUUUUUUUAUGACGUUUAAAGAAAGCCCAUUUAUAUUUGAUCCUGUCACAAGCCUGGUUAAUUGUAUUAAGUACUGCAUGGAAUUCCAUCAAAAUGAGCGAUUUCCUCAAAAUCUAUGAAUAAUCAGACAGAGCUAUGAUGAUAUACCCCUUAGAGUUGUCAAUACAGUCUGCAUGUUAGUGGGUUAAGAAAAAGCAGGAUAACAUAGCUGAUUUCUUUUUUCAACCUAGAGCAAAGCCAGAAUAGUUUGAAUGUUUUGUCUUAGAAGCUUCCCCAGCUUUUACAUUUUGUUACAGCCCAUCCCAGCUUUGGUUUGCACGUCCUUUUCAGGCUGGGUUCUGUCUGACAAUGUUGCGCGUGUUUACACUAGAGAAAUAUGCAAAUUCAUACUGACACAGGGGGGGAAAAAAAGAUUACAGAUAACUUUGUAACAAAAUUGUCGUGAAGCUGAUUACAAUUUUCUAUACACAGCAUAUAAUAUGUUUUAUGAUAAUAUUUGUAAUUGGUCGAAUAAGGUGUUUCUUAAAAUUUCUGAUUGGGGGAAAUAAUUGAUAAGGGGGAUAAAGGUGUCUUUAUCUACUACUGUAUAUCAGUACCUGUAUAUCCAGUAUGGAUAUACUCCUGUAUUGACAGAAUCACAGUGCACUGCUUUCAGUACUGCGGUUGAUGUUACUGUUGCUUCUCAGCUAAUGUUAACGUUUUCUUACUUGUACAAGCGCAGAUAUCACAGUGCUCUAUGUUACGAUAAGAAACCGGUUUUGUACCCACAAUUUUGAAAGGCUUUAUCCAUGACUUGAUUCGACAUGGGGCCUUUUGUAACAGCCAUUCAGUCUCAAUCAAUCUCAAAGUUACAAAAAGUGUACUUUUAAAAAUGGGUGCCUGUACCUUCUCAACUAUUAAAGAUUAUUAUUAAUUAUUUGAUCCAAAAACUGUGAACAGAUAACAUUUAGUUUUGAAUUGAUAUUGAAAGUUUUUCUUAUCUGCAAGAGCACAAAAAAAGGCACAUUAUUUUGGGUAAGAUGCCGACAUUUGGAAGUGCCUGUUAAUCAAGUCAUUUAUUUCAAUGUAAAGCCCUGUAGCAUUGUCUGUCUGUCUCUCUCUCUCUCUCUCUCUCUCUCUCUCUCUCUCUC